GCAAGCGGCUAGUGCACGCCCACGACGAACAUGGCGACAUUGCUGUUUUUCGAGCCUCGCCGAAUGCGGCACUGGGACCCGUGGUCUGGGCUGGCGGGGUCCGAGGGCUGCACCUGGAGCCCGCGCGUCCACGGGCCGCAUCGGGCGCUGAAGCGGCAUCUCCGCCAGGCGCUGGAGCCGACGGCAACGAAGCGACUCUGCCGCCACGAGGAAAAACAGCGGCCGGAAGCGAGGGGUUUCCGGCUGGUGGUCGACGCCGCUGGGUACCGGCCGGAGGAGGUAAACGUUCGGCGGUCGGGCAGGGUGGUGACGGUGCGUGCUCGUCACAAGGAGCGCUCAGCUGGCAGCUUCGUAUCCAGCAAGAUGGUGCGGAAGGUGACGCUGCCAGAAAGCGUGCGGGCCGACGACCUGACCUGGAGACUCAGCCGGUCAGGUCAGUUGGUGCUGGAGGCGCCGGCGGUCGAUCCGCUGGCACUGGAGGCGAAGACGGUGAAGGUGACGUACGACGAUCUGGACUCAUGCGUCGUGGAAGAUAAGCAGAUUGAAGUUCCAGCCGCUCGGUCCGAAGAGAGAGACGCGGAAGCGGCAGUGGAUGCUGAUGCCGCUGCUUCGAGCGAGUGCUCUGAAAAAGAAGGCAUUCACGAGUGCGAGCGGGGCGCUGUAGACCGUGCUGCAUCGCCAGAGGUAGAAGAUGCCGCCGAGCAGGUGGCCGCAUAUCAUCCUGCACAGGAUGCAAGUACAACGCAAGCUGCUCCGACUGAAGAUCACCAACCGGAUGCCGGAAACGUGGCUGAUGCCACUGAUGAUUGUGAAGCCGAAGACGAAGCCGCUGCCGACCACCCGGCGCCUGAGCCGGAAGGCACCGCCUCCACGACUUCCGAGUCAGAAGACAGCGAGGUCGUGGUCCUGAAAGAGGAUGACGCAGAGGAAGCUGGAGACGUCGCGGAACGGCGCCAGAAAGCCGACGAUAUUGCGGCGCGGCAUCAGAGCGCUGCGGACGUGCCAGGGCGGCGCCUGGAGGACACGUUCCGGCUGACCCUGGACGUACGGGACUUCCUGCCGCAGGAGGUCCGCGUCACCGUCAGGGACAGCGUGCUGACGGUGGAGGCUGUCCGCGAAACGCGAGCGGAGGAUGGGAGCACGAUGGUCCGCUUCAUGCGCAGGGCUGCACUUCCCCCUGGUGCCGACCCUGACGCCGUGACCUCCCGCCUCACGCGCGGCGGUCAGCUGGUGGUCGAGGCUCCGGUUGCAACGGCGCAUGCGCUGAAGGGCUCUGCCCCCGGCGCGUGAUGGCAAUGGUGACAUCAGCGACUUUUAAGACUUACGAAUUGCGUUCGAGAGGCAUUUUCUGUACGCAGGUUAUGUCUUUGUAGCAAAGUUAACGCCUUAUUUUGUCAUGCGUUGGCGGCGGCCCGUUGAUGAUGCAUGGCAUUUUGAUUACACUUCUGCAUUACAAAUAUUUCGUUCUAAGGUAAAUCGUUAUAUGUUUAUUUCUGGCCAUUUGUGUUUUUAAUGUCAUUUUAUUCGUCUUCUCAUGCGGAUGCUCAAACCAAUAGUUGAAAUUCUCACAAACUCUUAGCUGAAAGAAAGUGCUAAAAGCUUGUAAAAAUAUCAACUGAUUGUGUAAAUAGCCGCAUCCAACAGGAGUACCAGGAUCAGGUGACAUAAAAACCAACAUGGCCAGAAAUUAACAUAUGGGGUUUUACCUUUGGACGGCAGAAAUGUGCUGACGUCUUACCUUCAAUCCAGAAUGUUGCGUCGGCUUCUAUCGUUGUGAUGCACGUCGAAUAAUGAUGGUGAUGCUGCUCACAUCGGUUUCGCGUCUGAGUGAUGUUUAUUGGCCACCACUUGCGAAUGUGUAAAUACAUAUCAGAAUACGA